AUGGGCCCAGCAAGGCAGUCGGAUGCUGUUGCUCGAGCAGUGCGGUCGCUGUGAGGGGUGUAACGCUUUUGAAUCGCAUGUUUCUCUCGUCUCCCUUUCUCUUUUGAUCCGAUGUCACGCUUUUAGACUCGGAUUUUUCGGAGUCCUCGCAUCGUUAAGGUCUUGGUUGCGUCUUCACACGCGUCGUAUCUGUUCGUCUCUAUAUGCUGGCGUAUUUCUCCCUUACGGAGCAGCCCGAACAUACGCACUCUGCAACGUCGUGGGGUAUAUUCUCGAAUUGCAUAGACCUCGUGAUCGUCGUGCGUGGAAUAAACGUGAAUCCACGCGAGUUUCGGCUAGCGGGCACUGAUCGUCCGCCGGUGAAAGAGACGUGGAACGCGAGCACCGUGCAUCAUCAGUAUGCACGUUGUUCCCCGCUUUUUGUGACUGGACGUGAUUGGGAUAAUUCUUGGUGGCACUCCACUGUGCUAGGCUCCGCUGCGUCGACGACAGGGUCGAAAAAUCGUGCGCGACAUUUUUACCAAGCACUCGGCCACGGAGAUGUCACGCUGAAGAGACCUACGAGGCUAACCAGAGGGAGGAGGUCGAAGCUGUGGCCAACAAUGCUCAGAUCCUGAUCGCGGAGCAUCAGGGGCCCCAUAGGGGUGGGGAGGUGGUGGAAGAGAACAGCAAACGCAUCCAUCCGCGCUUGGUUACGAUCUCCAUAGGACGGUAACCGGUUCGUGGUCCUGGAGGAGGCUGGCGAUGAGCAUGUUGAGCAUACUACGUAGAAAUUGGGCACUUCGGGUGUCGGUGGUGCUCAACAUCUGCGUGUUGCUCUACGUGUGCGCCCACUUCGGCUCCUCCGGGCCCUGGAUCGAGGAACCGCCGACAAAUUGGGCGGCGCCGUUGCAAUCCGAGACCUUUGGCGCCGUGGACCUCGUAAAUGGUACUCAAAAGGGCGCCACGUCGUCAGCUGUGCCUGCCAUCAAGGAUGCCUCGAACAAGAGCGCACGCGGUAACACGACCAGUCUAGCCAGGGCGAGGUUGCUCACCACGAGGCCAACGACCAACGAGGCCAAGGCUGAUAACAAGAACGGCGACGGGCCAGAGCACAGGCAUAAUCAGACGGCAAAGAGCGGUUUGCCGGUCGUUCAAUCAACGAUGAGCCUAAACGAAGCGGUGCAGUGCAACGAAAAAUCCUUGGAACCGAGGAGGGCGCAGCGAGGUGAUUACUGGGUCCUCUAUAAUUACGUGCCGAUGAGCAUAGCGGUGAGAUGUUGGGAAAGCGUGACGUACACCACGCACGCGGAUUACACGUUCCUGGACAAUCUGGAGCCGUUGCUGGAGCGAUGGAGAGCGCCGAUAUCGAUUGCAAUGCACGCCCCUGGCACAGACUUCGCGGCGACCCUCGACGCCAUCAAGUACUCGAGAAACUGUGGCAGCUCUCUGGUCUCUCAGCUGGUCACCUUUCAUGUAUUCUUCAGCAGCAAACACGUGCCAAAAAUGGUACCCCCGACCGAGAAAGUUAUGUCUGACUCGUAUAACUGCACGCUGGGACCACCGUGGGUGAAUGUCACGCUUUCAAAGAUGUAUAAAAACGAGAAGAAGCUGCUGUACCCUGUGAACGUCGGACGUAACAUAGCCCGUGAAUCGGCGCCGACGUUCUACGUGUUAGCAAGCGAUAUCGAGCUUUACCCGAAUCCAGACUUGCCCGCGAAAUUCCUCGAGAUGAUCAGAAAGAGGGAUCAGCCCGCCCUCUACAAACCUAACCCCAAAGUUUUUGUAUUGUCCAUCUUCGAGGUGGACGAGAAGAGUCAACCGCCUAAUAAUAAAACACAUUUGGCUCAGAUGCUGAAGGCCGGCACGGCAAUUCCCUUCCACAAAAAGUUGUGCUCCGGCUGUCAUAACGUUCCUCGAAGUAAAGAAUGGCAAGAAGCUGCGGAAACGGAGGAUCUUCACGUGUUUCACGUCGGUAAGAGGACAGGCAGUUUCGUUCAUUGGGAGCCGAUUUUCAUCGGGAGCAAUAAUGAUCCUCUGUACGAUGAGAGGCUUAGCUGGGAAGGAAAAAGCGACAAAAUGACACAGGGUUACGCGUUGUGCGUCCUUGACUACGAUUUCCUCAUCUUGGACAAUGCAUUUCUGGUCCAUCGUCCAGGCAUUAAGAUCUUCAAGAAGGAUGUUCACCGGGAGAUGCUGACAGCGAAAACGAAUGCCUUGAUAAGAAAGAUCAUCGUUCCAGAGUUAAAAAUUCUAUAUGGAACGAGAAAAGGCUGUGCCGUGUAGCCCGUGGAGAAACGAGCACAGCGAGUGCUCCACAGGUGUUUUCCAAUUAAGCGGCAGCACCUGAGAUCAUUCUUGACACCAAGAAUGUCCGAAGCUCGGCAGAAGAUCAACGGCGGUCAUAGCGCUCAAAGACUCGUUUUAAUCGCCCGUGACCAUAAGGACCAAGCUCGUCAGCCAUUUCUGGCCGUUUCCGGUGUCGAAACUAAGUUAAAGAACGUUCAGUGCGACUAACAGAUGUCCACGAUUGAAAAUAAUGCCAAUUGAACGGUGCCGAAAGUAAUAGUUACGCAGGUUAGGUUCCGAGGACGCAACCUCGCUAAUGUUCUCUCCUCGUUGAAGCAACAACGACGAACCUUGUUUCUCCCCUUGUUGCUGAAUGUUCCAAACGAUUUCUUCAAAAUGCAUGGAACAUCGAUAAAAAGGUUCUUGUUAUUGCUUCGACGAGGACACAACUUAUGGUUUCAAAUUUCUCCUAUGAUCGUUAGUUCCUGCAGUUCCUCCUCGUUUCUCAUCGCUGACUUCUUCAUCUUCUUUGCAGUACAAAAGUGUGAUGGCAGCAUUAAUUACAGAAAAGAGGGAAUAUUAAUGAAAAAUCGAUUUGUUCAGAGAGACUCAAAGAGUGGUAUAAAAAAUUUUGCUUUCUCACGAUGAUCAUAUUACGUAGUUCGUCUUCGUUAUGAAAGGAUCUUGUUGCGCAUAUUUUCACUUGAGAACGCGUUAGGGCGAACAAUUGUACAUAUUUAGCGUUUUAAAACGGUGCCUCGUAUAUACUUGUACAUUUACAAGAGUGUUGUGUGGUUUGUCGGUGAACGCGUGCAUUUUUUUUCUCAUUCCACGAUUUCCCCAAAGAGGAAACGGAAGCCGUUUCUAACGCGAACGACUGUGGUCAUAAUAACAUGCCAAAAAGAAAAAGGUACACUGCUCAAGUCGACUAAGGAACACAGUGUUCGCAUAAUGAGAGAAAGUAUUUUUACCUUUUUAAUUGCUGUUAAUAUUAUUAUUUGGAGCAGUGGAUGUUAAUAACCAAACAAAAACUCUGUAGCUCGAAUUUGGAUGAAAAUUGCAUUAGACUCAAAAAUUUGGUUUCUAUAACUGCCUAGAAAAUUUAUUCUUAAAAAAAAAAAAGGAAAUUAUGAGAAAAUUAUUUGUUAUACCAGCGUGCAGAGUUUUAUACAAUUUACUGCAAAACCGACUGAAGCCGACGUUUCGUCGACUUAAGUUUUAAUUUUAUGCAUUUACAUAAACAUAUUCGAAGCAGUUUUUCAUUGUUUUUAAAGUCAAGUAUCUUGUUUAAAAAAUAGAAACAUACGAAACCAAAUAUAACUACUAGGUAGUGGAACGAAAAAGAUAUGAAAAAGGAUGAUCCAUUACGCACUUGAACAACACGUAUGAACUACCCUUAUAUUUAAUUAACGAUAUAGUUUCGUUCUUGAACGAAUACCGUGGUAAAAAAAAAAUCAAACAGGGACUAUUCGCGAAUAUUUUACUCUCCCAAGACUGAAGAAACAUUUGAUAACAGUUUACUAGAACAUUUAUCCUAAAGAUCUUUAAUUAAAGAACGUCAAGUCAUUAGUUAUUUAAUGAUUCUUUUAUCAUAGUAUAAUCAAUUAAGGCUAAUAUAUUAACCUUUCUUUGUAUAUCUUUCUUCUAUGUCUGAUAAAAAUGAAUUGGUGCUUCCAAUGCUAGAUAACAAUUACAGCAAUCAUGAAUGGAACGUCGCAUUCGCUUUUGCCAUUAAAACGAACAUUGCAUUCGCUUUUAUCAUUAAAACGAGCAUUGCGUUAUACAAGAUUUCUCAUAAUUAAUAACAAAAUCGAUAAUUAAGCUCUCAAACAUUUUUUUUUUUUUUUUUUUUGGCACGUAAAAGCGCACCUAAAUUUUUUAUCAUUAUAUAUAAGAAAUAAUAAAAAAUAUUCAUAGAAACGUAAAAUAUUUUUAAUAAGCAAGGAAUUAUUUUUUCGGCCUUGAUAAAUACAACUUUCAACACAAUCAAAAUUUAAUUAGACGUAUAGCUCACUAAGUUUUAAUCCCAUUUUUAUCAAAAAUGAAAUCCCCGAUUAAAGAAUGUUAUUCCAGAUUUUCGAUAUAUUUUUAGUUAUAGAAUAGGGAAUUGUUAUCGAUUUUACCAUUGAUUAUGAGACACUUUGUAUACAAUGGAAAUUGAAGAGAGUAAUAAUAAGUCUCGUGAUGAAUUUCACUCAGCUAACUAAUCAUUUGGUAUCAUUUCCCACGAAAUCGUGCAAGAUCUAUUUCGUAACUGUACAUUAUUUGUGCUAAUACUUUUACUCGAUAAUUACUGGCGAGGAUUACGUGUGCGGAAUAUGUUGAAGAAGGAAGGCAAGAAUUUUUAUGCAAUUGCUAUUUGGUGUAUCAUUAUACGAGAUCAACUUGAAAAACUUUUCUUUAUAAAUGUGUCGAAUGGUGUAUGAAAGGACAAUGUAAAUAUCUCUAUAUGUUUAAGUAUAAGUACAUAAGUAUGACGUAACCGGUACUACUUUUACACGAUUAAUUAGUCACUAAAUGGGAAUUCGGAAUUCUAAAAAGAUAUAUUGUCAUGAAAUGUUCGACGUAUCGAAAUAUUUGUGAAUUUUCAGUAACAUUAUUUUUCAAGCCUUAUAGAUGAUAAAUCAUAAUAUUUUAUCGAAGAAGAUAGCAUAAUGGUACAUAUUUAUGUUUGCUAUUUUCGAUAAUCAAAACUUUGUAUGUAUCUGAGACGGCUUAGUUACUUAUAUCAACAAAGUAGUAUUCCCAUUUUCUAUUUUAUUUAUCAUGUAAAGCCAACAAAAGAGAAUGCCAUUGUUUAAUGUAAUACUUUUAUUUAGCCAUUUAAAUGUUAUAUGUAUAAUAUGAAAAGAACAUUCUUGUGAAAGGUGGGAAAAAUAAUGAUUAGGGAUGAAUUUUAAUUUUUAACUUUUAUUUUAAUCGGAUUGUGCAAUUAAUUUCCAUCGUAAUGGAUACCGUGUCAAAAAAAAAAAAAGAAAAGA